AUGGCGCCUCGAAGCAUCAUGCGAGAUACGAAAAUUGCAACCUGUGGCCAUAAGUACGAGCAGCGACCCCCAUUUCGCUUUGAGGCAUUUGAAUCGCAACUCCCAACCGAAUUAAUGUGCCAAGACAUCGACUUCUCUUAUCCUGGAAACAUUCCCCGCCAUUGCAUAUGCGGCUGCAAGCUACGCUUUUGGAAGGACCCCAGACUGUGUAUCGAUACCAAAGCCUGGGAUGAUUAUCCGCUGAGAAACAGUGCCGCUGGAGAAGCUUAUAUGCACCCCGGCCCUCCGUGCUUAGCAGGGGUUACAGGGGUGGAUGGAUCUGCACGAGGUCAUCCCCGGCUUGGCCGGGCGAUAAGGGGGAUAGGGAUUGGCCAGCGUACGGCACUUCAUUGGUAA